AUCCUCCACUUCUCACACCUCUCCACCGCUAAAUAUUUCUUCAGUUCAAUCUCUCCUCCAGUCGACAUGGAUCCAGUAAACGUUUGGGGAAAUUCUCCUCUGCACACGGUGGACCCAGAAAUUCAUGACUUGAUUGAGAAGGAGAAGCGUCGGCAAUGCACCGGAAUCGAGCUCAUCGCCUCCGAGAACUUCACUUCAUUCGCAGUCAUUGAGGCCCUUGGCAGUGCCCUCACUAACAAGUAUUCCGAGGGAAUGCCCGGUAACCGCUACUAUGGUGGCAAUGAAUAUAUUGACAAGAUCGAGAACCUGUGCUGUUCCCGGGCUCUCCAGGCUUUCAACCUCCACCCCACCAAAUGGGGAGUAAAUGUCCAGCCUUACUCUGGUUCUCCGGCUAAUUUCGCCGCAUACACUGCCGUUCUCCAGCCCCACGAUAGGAUCAUGGGCUUGGACCUUCCUUCCGGUGGUCAUUUGACUCAUGGGUACUAUACCUCUGGUGGGAAGAAGAUCUCUGCUACCUCGAUUUACUUUGAAAGCUUGCCUUACAAGGUUAACUUUGAAACUGGGUUUAUUGAUUAUGAUAAGUUGGAGGAGAAGGCAAUGGAUUUUAGGCCCAAGCUGAUUAUCUGUGGUGGCAGUGCUUACCCGAGGGAUUGGGAUUAUGCUAGGUUCAGGUCUGUUGCAGACAAGUGCGGUGCGCUCUUGCUCUGCGAUAUGGCUCACACUAGCGGUCUCAUUGCUGCUCAGGAACUUGCCAACCCUUUUGAGUACUGUGAUAUUGUGACAAGCACCACUCACAAAAGCUUGAGGGGUCCUAGGGCUGGUAUGAUCUUCUACAGGAAGGGGCCCAAACCAGCCAAGAAGGGCCAGCCAGAGGAUGCAGUAUAUGACUUUGAAGACAAGAUCAACUUCGCAGUAUUCCCCUCGCUUCAGGGCGGUCCCCACAAUCAGCAGAUUGGUGCUUUGGCUGUUGGAUUGAAACAAGCCAUGACCCCUGGGUUCAAGGCUUAUGCCAAACAAGUCAAGGCCAAUGCUGUUGCCCUCGGAAACUACUUGAUGAGCAAGGGAUACAAGUUGGUCACUGGAGGAACUGAGAACCACCUUGUCCUCUGGGAUCUUCGACCUCUUGGAUUGACCGGCAACAAGGUUGAAAAGCUGUGUGAUCUUUGCAACAUCACGGUAAACAAGAAUGCUGUGUUUGGUGACAGCAGUGCUUUGGCUCCUGGAGGAGUAAGAAUUGGUGCCCCAGCCAUGACUUCAAGAGGUUUGGUCGAGAAGGACUUUUUGCAGAUUGGAGAAUUCCUCCACCGUGCUAUAACCAUCACUUUGUGCAUCCAAAAGGAACAUGGAAAGCUCUUGAAGGACUUCAACAAGGGUCUGGUGAACAACAAGGACAUUGAGGCCCUCAAGGCUGACGUUGAGAAGUUUGCUUCCUCAUUUGACAUGCCUGGUUUCCUGAUGUCCGAACUGAAGUACAAGAUUUAAGUCUAAAUACUUGUGUACUAUUUAGCUUCUCAAUCACUGAAAAGUUGCUUCAGUUCCCACUGUGAAGAGGAAAGGGCAUCUUCUAUGUUUGUUGGGUAUUGGUCUUGUAGGUUGGCUGUGAGAAUUUCAUCAUUGGUCCUCAUGUUUGGUUGUUGAGGUGGGGAUGUCUGAUCCUCUCAGUAACUGAAUGAGUUGCUUGUUGCAUAUAUUGUCUGUUCAUCUGUAGGUUCCCCAAUCAAUAAAGUGAGUUGCUGUGUUUUAGACUUC